AUGUUCUCUCCCAAAAUCACUUUCUUCGGUGUCCUCUCUCUUGCCUCGAUGGUUCUGGGUGCACCUGUCGCUUCACCCGAUGGAGGUUCAGCUUAUACUGGUGUAGGUGGUCAGGCUAGUGGAGGUAGUGUACAGAGAAUCUCAGAGGGUGGCCUGCUUAACCUCGAUAUCCUCAAUAUCGGAUCGAACAACGCUGGAUCAGGUGGAUCUGCCAACUCUGGUUCCGCACUUGGAGGAGCGGGUGGUGCAGGUUGUACGCUUGGUGAUUUGUUGGGUGGCGGUAAUGGUGGUUCAGCUUAUACCGGUGCCGGUGGUCAGGCCAAUGGUGGAAAUGUGGUUGAACAAUCUUAUGGAGGUCUAAUCAACUUACACGCCCUCAAUAUCGGAUCAGGAAACGCAGGAAAUGGAGGAUCAGCCAAUUCCGGUUCUGCAGCUGGUGGUGAUUCCGGUUGUCUCCUUUAG